GGUGGCGGGGGAGGGGAGCAGUGAGGGCCAGCCGCGGCGGGGAAGGACCGGGGUGUCCCGCGCUGCCCUCACACAAGAUGGCGGCCAGACCCUUGCGCUGGAUCCCAUCAGGCAGCGCGCGAAUGCUUAUCCCGCAGUCUCCCGCACCGCACUCGUGGGUGGGUUUUUACUGAGACGAGGACGCGCGCCGUGAGGCCGCGCUCAAGUCGUCGGCGCCGCCGCUGCCUCCGCUGCCUCCGCUGCCGCCAUCAGCACCACCGCCACACCACUCCCAGACAGUGGAGGGGAGGAUGGAAUCGGUGACCGUCGCUACCGACAGCGGGGACAGGCCGGCGGUCCCGGCAAGCUCAGGCCUGUCAGCUUCCCAGCGUCGCGCGGAGGUGCGGCGGAGAAAGCUGCUCAUGAACUCGGAACAGCGCAUCAACCGGAUCAUGGGUUUUCACAGGCCCGGGAGCGGCGCCGAAGAAGAAAGUCAAACAAAAUCAAAGCAGCAGGACAGUGAUAAACUGAACUCCCUUGGCAUUCCUUCAGUUUCAAAGCGAGUAGUGCUGGGUGAUUCAAUUAGUUCAGGAACAACUGACCAGCAGGGUGGAGUGGCCGAGAUAAAGGGGACCCAACUGGGAGACAAAUUGGACUCUUUCAUUAAACCACCCGAGGGCAGUAAUGAUGUCAACCUUGAGCUUCGGCAUCGGAACAGAGAGGACCUGACAGCGGACACUGUCCAGAGAGGUUCUCACCAUGGUCUAGAACAGUACCUGUCCAGAUUUGAAGAAGCAAUGAAGCUAAGGAAACAGCUGAUUAGUGAAAAACCCAGUCAAGAAGAUGGAAGUUCAACAGAAGAAUUUGACUCUUUUCGAAUAUUUAGAUUGGUGGGAUGUGCUCUUCUUGCUCUUGGAGUCAGAGCUUUUGUUUGCAAAUACUUGUCCAUAUUUGCUCCAUUUCUUACUUUACAACUUGCGUACAUGGGACUAUACAAAUAUUUUCCCAAGGGUGAAAAGAAGGUAAAGACAACAGUACUAACAGCUGCACUUCUGUUAUCUGGAAUUCCUGCUGAAGUGAUAAAUCGAUCAAUGGAUACCUAUAGCAAAAUGGGCGAAGUCUUCACAGAUCUCUGUGUCUACUUUUUCACUUUUAUCUUUUGUCACGAACUGCUUGAUUAUUGGGGCUCUGAAGUACCAUGAAGCCUGUAGUACUCAGAAGAAGCUUACAUAUUGCAGUGUCUCUAAAGGAGGCAAAUUGGUUUACACCUUUAUGGAAUUCUUUUACUUUAUAGAAGUUGUAAAACCACUCUAUUAGGAAUGGAAUGGCAGUUCCCCUCAUUUAAAAGGGUUGAGUUUGUAUUAGUACUGAUAUGAAGAAUAGAAUACCAGUACCAUUAAUUGGUUUUUCUUGUUUAAUUAAAAUCCCUACUUGAUACCUUUCCCCUAACUUCUCAGAUUUAUAAUUCCUCUUUUGGGGGCCGAACUAGUGCUUUUAGGAGAGCAGAUGAACAUGGUCUCAGCCAGCCUUAAGGGCUGCUUCUUGUAUGUGUGUUGUUCUGUUCUUAGAAACGAAGCCAUCUUAAAAAUAAAAUGAAAGAAACAAGUCUGCACAUUUCAGAUUAAGGGCUGAAUAAAGUAGCUAAUCUUUUCUUGUUGAGUUAGUAUCUUAAUUUUUACUCCACAAAUAUUUAAUGGAAGAAAUGAUUAAGAUUCAUACAUGUGAAAUCGGAAGGUACUUAUAAAAAUUUCAUUUGCUAUAUGUCAAACUCAGAAUUGGAAAUUUUCUCUUGAGUUUUCAGUUUUUUUUUUUUUUUUUUUUUUUUUUUUUAAAAGAUGACCGGUAAGGGGAUCUUAACCCUUGACUUGGUGUUGUGAGCACCACGCUCAGCCAGUGAGCGAACCGGCCAUCCGUAUAUGGGAUCCGAACCCGGGGCCUUGGUGUUCUCAGCACCACACUCUCCCGAGUGAGCCACGGGCCGGCCCGAGUUUUCAGUUUUUGGAAGUCUGAGGGUGCUUCAAAAAAGAUCAUCGAAAGAUUCGUGUUAUCUUUCAAAUCUAUUUUUCUAUGAACUUUUUGAAGUACCCUCAUAUUUUUUAAGCAAACUAGAACAGAACGAUUAGAUAUAAAACUGGAAUCUGAAGAACUGAGGCAUGCAGAACCCAGUAACAUAAAUAUCCUUUUAACUAGGUAACAGUGUCAUAUUUGGAAGAUUUGUCUUAAAAGAAUAUAAAACUUAAGUGUUGUAUCACUUGGUGUUACAUUUCCUUAUAGUUCUUUGUAUGGACUAUUUGGUUAAUUCUUGUGAUAUUAAAAAUACACACUUUUUUUAUUA